AUGGACAUUUUCGAGGAGCUCGACGGCACCUCAACACCCGAUGAGCAGCACCAGCCCGGCUCGGUUUUUCGUGGGCAAAUUGAAGACGGCGUUGAUUUUGAACAAACUAAUAUCGACGAUGUUGACGUCUUUCCCGGUGAAGAGCAGGGCUAUGAUGAUGCUUUUGCAUCUCCGGAAAAGCCGACAGAACCCUCUCUAAAACCCUUAGAAGGAAUCCGCCUUCAAAUCGGCCAGAAAAUCUUUCGAUAUAAGCUAGUCGACGUCGCCACGAUUUCCAGCUACGAAACCGAGCAGCUUGCCGAUGAUUCUGAAGAAGUUUGGCAGCCGGAAUGCGCAGAACCGGAACCGGUUCCCGACUCGUACAAAGCUCCCGAUCUUUCGAAAAAUCGCUACGACUGUAAUGAUUGCUCGGCAGCCUUCUCGACGAAGCGGCAGUUGAGGAGCCAUGUGUCGACGCAUACUGUAAAUAAACCUUUCCAUUGUCGUUUCCGGGAAUGUGGCAAAUCAUUCACAACUGUCGAGGGCCAAAAGAUACACGAAAAGCUGCAUUUGGAAGGAAAGCAGUUUGAGUGCGAGAUUUGCACGAAAACCUUCUCUCGCCACCACAACCUGCUCACCCACCUGCGGCUGCACCAGAGCGGCAAGCGCCACUUUUGCACGUGCUGCGGAAAGUGGUUCCACACGUACUCGCAGAUGUACGAGCACCAGUCUAUUUGCUCCUCGCGCGUACCUGGUGAGGCGCCAACGUCGGAACGGCCGCUACGCUUCAAGUGCGGGUAUUGCGAUCGAAUGUUUCAUCAUCGGCGUGACAAGGUAAUCCAUGAGCGCGUGCACACCGGCGAGCGGCCGUACGCUUGUGGAUACUGCGGCAAGGGAUUCACCCAAUCUCAGGCCCUAACGAUCCACAUUCGGCUCCACACCGGCGAGAAGCCGUAUCCAUGUACACAGUGCGGGGAGGCGUUUCGGGAUUCGUCUGCACUUCGAAAACACGAGUUUGCGCGCCAUCUCCAGCCUCCCAGCUACAGCCCCUAUCAGAUUGACGACCAG